GAAGGCUGGAUCCUUUUUGUCACGGGCAUCCACGAGGAGGCCACGGAGGAGGAUAUCCACGACAGGUUUGCUGAGUAUGGGGAGAUAAAGAACCUCCACCUCAACCUGGACCGCAGGACGGGCUACCUGAAGGGGUACACCCUGGUGGAGUACGAGACCUACAAAGAGGCUCAGGCAGCCAUGGAGGGGCUGAAUGGGCAGGAA